AGAGGCAGUGUGGGCAGAGCUCCUGGGCUGCUAACUACCAGCUGAACAUUUGGACUGAGCACAGCAUCAAGCCACUACUGUGGGAGAGAGCGAGAGAGAGACAACGGUAUACAGCCAAGGAGACCACAGAAACACUCUCUACCUCCCCCCCUAACUCCCCCAACCCAAAAUCCCUGAAAGUCUGCACAGAGAGAGACAGACAAACAAAAGCAUUCUUGGCUUUCAGUUUAAGAGAAGAAAAGUUUAACAAUACGUUGGGGCGAGAUCAUUUACUCGAGAUAGAAAUCGAAGGAGAAAGGCGUGACAGGACGGCUCCAGACUUUUGGGUUCAUCAUCAUCCACCACAGAAGAAGAAGAAGUAACGGAUAGUCGCUGCAUGAAGGAUCCAUCCAUCUGAAACAGGAUGAGAGCCACUGUGAGGAUCACGUGGCUGCUGCUGCUUCCACUCAGCUGUUUCUGUUCAAACGGCGACAGUCAGAGCGCUGUGACUACGCCGGCGACUGCUGCGUCGACGACUGCGACGACUGCUGUGACGACUGUGACGACUGCUGUGACGACCGUAACUGUUCCUAGCCCAACUGGAGUGCCAUCGAUCACUGAUCCCGGGAACACAAACAGAUCUACUGAGGCGACGACAUCCGCAAAGCCGACUACCACGGCCACCACGCCUGCUGUCGCGGUCAAUAAACAGCCGACUAUAUCCACGCCUACAGACAAGCCCAACACCACCCAACCACAAGCAUCCACUGUCACAAAAAGCCCAACAGCAGCAUCUCCCAGUAGCGUCUCUGGUGCCCAGACAACUGCGAGGACUACUGCCACUCCUGCAGCUGCUGCUCCCUCCCUCAGCCUACCAAACGCCACGACCCCGGCUGCAGGAGCCAACAGCGGUUCAGCGGUGUCGCCCAAUGCUGCUUCCACACCUCAGACCACUGCAGCCUCCGUACCCAGUAAUACUGGGACUGCAGCGCCUGUCAAUCAGUCUGGCGAUGUGGGGACAACCAAGACCCCAAAGGUGUCGACAGGUGCCUGUACGUCGGGACAGCAGUCACCGACUCACACCACCAGCGGAGCAGUUGAAGGCACCAACACAACAACUGGGACGACCACAAGGACGCAUCAGACAGCAUCGAAGAGUCCAGACCUGGCUGGGGACACCGGGAACACCACCGGGAACACCGGGAACACCACCGGGAACACCGGGAACACCGGGAACACCACCGGGAACACCGGGAGCGCCACCGGGAACACCGGGAACACCGGGAACACCGGGAACACCGGGGACACCGGGGACACCGGGGACACCGGGAACACCACCGGGGACACCGGGAACACCACCGGGAACAACACCGGGAACACCGGGAACACCGGGAACACCGGGAACACCGGGAACACCGGGAACACCGUCUCCCUGUCCACCACGACCAAGGCAGGACCUUCUGCAGCAGUGAGCUUCAGUACCACAGCUGGAACUACGUCUCCGCAAUCCACAACAACCACAACAACCACCAUCGUCUCCACCAGCACAGCAGCUCAGCAAAAGACGUUCUCGUUCUCUCUAAACAGCGGACAAGUGGAAAAGGACGAGAAAGAUCUGGUGGAGGUGUGCAGGCGGCUGUUGGUCAAUUUGCAAGAUGGAAACUGCACCCUGACGUAUCGUCAACUUGCCAACGACAAAGUACAGUUUGACUGUGUGGAGAUAAAUGGCAAAGUGAAAACCAACCUUGCAAAUCAAUACUAUGAAGACAUCACCAAGAAACCGACAGAUAACAAAACCCUGAUAGCCAUCCUGGCCUCCUGCGGAGCUCUGCUCAUCAUGAUCGUCAUCCUCGCCGUCUGCGCCUCUCACCACCGCAAACCGUUCAACGAGAACCAGCAGCACCUGACGGAGGAGCUGCACACGGUGGAGAACGGUUACCACGACAACCCCACGCUGGAGGUGAUGGAGGUGCAGCCGGAGAUGCAGGAGAAGAAGAUGAUGGCGCUGAACGGGGAAUUCAACGACAGCUGGAUCGUCCCCAUUGACAACCUGCUGAAGGAGGACAUAGCCGACGAGGAGGACACUCACCUGUAGAGACGAAGACGAAGACGAAGGAGGAGACAGCGACAGGACCUGACUAGUUCCAGCCACACCAAAAACACCCUUAUCUUACACUCCUGGCCCUGGGAUGGAUUGUUGUCCCUGAAGCCACAGAAGACUUUUCUCACAACAGACACAUCCUAUAGAGAACAGCCACACCCCCGUAUUAACGCUGUCUGUCCGUCUGUCCGUCUGUCUGUCUGUUAUAGUUCUACGGUAGUUUUAUACACAGUGGCCUUGGAAACAUGUUUGAAUAAUCCACUAAAUCAAUCACUGUUGUGCCUACGCAGGAUAGAAAUAGGUGACUUCCGAACCCCCAGAUUGUGCCUUUUCUUUAAAAACAAAAAGAGUUGAUUUGUACACAAGCAUCUGUAAAUAAACUAUUUUUAUGUUA